AUGAGCGACAAGACGCCACUGGACCCCAAUCAGCCGGUGCUGUACAUUGAUCAUUGUCGGUACCGCGAGAAUUUCCGCCGAGACGCCCUCCAGCUGCACGUCUCGCUGGCGGAGGCUUUGCGGGCCCUCCAUCCGCGGGUCAAGCUGCAGCUGCGGAUCAACGAGCACGGUCCGCCGGAGGAGGAGGGCGCCUUCGAGGUGGCGAUUGCCGCCACGCCCGCCGAGUCCCCCUCGGACAGGCAGCACAUCUGGACGGGUCUGCGGCGGGUGCCGUUCGCCGCGAAGGUGCCGCAUGUGGACGACAUAAUCACUCCCGUCUGCAAUGCCCUGCAACUGGUGCGGGACGACGACCACACGGACGGGGAGUCGCACCGAAGGAAGAUGGCGAAUCUGAGACGCAGUCGCAGUCCCCGAUGA